GUUUGGAACGGGCAGCGGGUCGGAAGUGGGUUGGAGGUUUGGCGGAAGUCGUUGGGGUAUGAAGAGACAGGGAGGGGGCGGUUCCCGUUCGAGCGCGGAGCCGGAUGUUUGCCGAUUUUUGACAGGCGUGGCAGAGGGAGCGGUACCCGACCACGGGUUCUCUUCAGGUUCUGUGGUGUGAAGCUGUGGGGGACAGGCUGGGCCAUGGACCCACUCUCAGAGCUGCAGGACGACCUGACCUUGGAUGACACCAGCCAGGCUCUGAACCAGCUGAAGCUAGCCUCCAUUGAUGAGAAGAACUGGCCCUCAGACGAAAUGCCCGACUUUCCCAAGUCAGAUGACUCCAAAAGCAGCUCCCCAGAACCUGUCACACACCUGAAGUGGGAUGACCCUUACUACGACAUCGCCCGGCACCAGAUUGUGGAGGUGGCAGGAGAUGACAAGUAUGGGCGGAAGAUCAUUGUGUUUAGUGCCUGCCGAAUGCCCCCAAGCCACCAGCUGGACCACAGCAAGCUCCUUGGGUACCUGAAGCACACCCUGGACCAGUAUGUGGAGAGCGACUACACGCUGAUCUACCUGCACCACGGCCUGACCAGCGACAACAAGCCCUCCCUCAGCUGGCUCCGCGACGCCUACCGGGAGUUUGACCGCAAGUACAAGAAGAACAUCAAGGCCCUGUACAUCGUGCACCCCACCAUGUUCAUCAAGACCCUGCUCAUCCUGUUUAAGCCCAUCAUUAGCUUCAAGUUUGGGCAGAAGAUCUUCUAUGUGAAUUAUCUGAGUGAGCUGAGUGAGCACGUGAAGCUGGAGCAACUGGGGAUCCCUCGCCAAGUGCUCAAGUAUGAUGACUUCCUCAAGUCCACACAGAAGAGCCCUGCGACAGCCCCCAAGCCCAUGCCACCGCGGCCCCCGCUGCCCAACCAGCAGUUCGGGGUCUCCUUGCAGCACCUCCGGGAGAAGAACCCGGAGCAGGACCCCAUUCCUCUCGUGCUGCGGGAGACGGUUGCCUACCUGCAGGCCCACGCUCUCACCACUGAGGGGAUUUUCCGGAGGUCAGCCAACACCCAAGUCGUACGCGAAGUGCAGCACAAAUACAACAUGGGUGAGUGGCCCGGGGAUGUGCUGAGACCCACAGGACCAGGCUUCCUGAACCACCCCAGCCUCAGGCUCCUGUGACCUGGGCCCCCAUUCCUCAUAGACAUUGAUGAGAGCCAGAGAGUGGAGGCGACACUGCAGGUCUUCCAGACGCUGCCUGAGGAGAACUACCUGGUGCUUCGUUUCCUCACUGCCUUCCUGGUGCAGAUUUCUGCCCUCUGUGACCAGAACAAGAUGACCAACACUAACCUGGCUGUUGUCUUCGGCCCUAACCUGCUCUGGGCCAAGGAUGCUGCCAUCACCCUCAAGGCCAUCAAUCCCAUCAACACCUUCACCAAGUUUCUCCUGGAUCAUCAAGGGGAAUUGUUUCCUGACUCCAAGGGGCUCUGAGCCCAGCCCUUGCCCCACCCACCCCCUUCUCCUAUAGCCCCAGUUUGGACUCUUCCUCCUGGCUUCAGCCUUACAGGAGCCCGGGGCUCCUGCCCAGGAAGGGGCCAUGAGGCUCCCCCAUCUAGAGAUAGAAACUAGAGCCAGCCAACUAGCUGACUCGACCCCUCCUUCUGUCCAGCCCACCUCACCAGCCCUGGAGGCCUUGCUGUCACCACAAGACGUUUUUCUUCGCCUUAUACUUCUCACUGCCUCCUUGGAUACCUGGCUCCUGCUGGGCUCUGCAGAGCUGGCCUUGGCUUUUCAGGCAGGAGGAUGGGCCCCAGCAACCUGCUUUCUCCUGCCUCUUUCCCUGGUAACUGGAGAUGCCAAAAUCACUGCCGGCUGGGCUGGUAGCUGGGGCUGGUCCUCCCCUUCCUGACUGCUGGGGAAUGGAAGGCUGUGUGGGCCUGGGCUGGCCCUGCUGAGGCUCCUCCCUGUCUGGGUGAAGGCCUGGUUGCCAGCACCCUGCUCCUGCCCUCCCUGCUGACAGCUCAGCCUUGGGUACUUCCACAGCUAGUGAACGGCAGGCUGGAGUCGGCUUCCUAUGUCUGCCUUCUCUUCCACACAUCCUGGGUCAGCCUUUCCCAAGUGGUACUGCCCCCAGGGUGUCCUAACCCUCUGGUUCUACCAGGACUGGCAGCUUGGAUGAUAGGGCUGAGACCCAGCAUCCAUUCAAAAUAGACACCCCAUUCCCACCCCUGAGAGCCCCCUAGUGUCUGGUCAGACCAGUGACAAGCAGACCCCCCGCCCCGCCCUGCCCCUCAUGCCUUGCCCCCCGCCGCCCUUCCCACUUGUACAGAUCCUUAGCCAUGUCUCUUGUGGAGUCCCUGCCCUGGCCAGGGAUGACUCAGUGCCUCAGGAUCUGUGGUAGCUCCUUCCUCCAGCUGUGGACUCCUGGAGGGGCCGGGCAGAGACUGCUAAUUAGAUCGGCCUCUGCCAGGUAAGUUCUAGCAACCUCCUCCCUGGACCCCGAUGAUGAGGGAUAUCCCUCUUUCCACCUGUGUCCCUUCCUGGGGAACCCCUUUUCUGCAGCCUUGGCCAAGCCUGUUCCAUGGGGAUCCUCAAUGACCAGUCCUGUCCCAUCUGUGAGCUGGGUGUGGCCUGGGCCCUGACCUCACUGGGCUCUCCCCAGGACACUAGCAUGUCAGGACUCCCAGGGCCUCCAGUGGCUGCUGGUUCCUUGUCAGUCCCUGUGUCUCUGCCAAGCCCAGGCUUCUGCUUUCUGCCUUCCUUUGUAUAUCAGGUGUUGCUCAUGCCCCACUGACUGGGGAGCCUCGUGGAUCUAUUUGGUCCCUCUCCUGUCCCCUCCCACACUGGUCUUUACCUGGGGGGUGGGGGGCUUGUACUGUGAAUCAAGUGUUCACAUUCACACUUAAUGACUUCCUUGGCACCAAUCAUGUAUUUCACCUUUGCACUUUUUAUAUUUCAAUAAAAAAGGAGAUG